GAACAAUCUACUCGGUGCCAGCAGCUGCAUUCGUAGUAAGUAUUAGUAAAAAGGGAAGGAUUCAAACAAAACCCAACCAGGCAUCUUUCUUUCCCUUUCUCCAAAUUUAGAAGAUAUAAAAAGGGCUGUACCGAUCGCCAGGCCCCCUCCACCACCACAACGGCCUACUACACCACGCUACACCCACUACAACCAAGCCACCAUGCACGCCGUCUCUUCCCUUCUCAUGUUGGCCCAUGUUGCCGCUGCUUCCUUUUACCUGCGCGUACCGCUGACCGGCGCCGGCACCUCCGUCCCCGUCCGCACCAUCUACGAUGACUUUGCCGUGACUGCGGGCACAAGCGGCGGCGAGCAAUGGCUCCAGCUGGAUCUUGACAAGAACGGACAUCUUGUUACUGCGGCUGGUGCUGCUGCUGCUGGUCUUGGGGAGAUGUACUUUACCAAACUGGAUAACAGCCCUCCCUACUGGGCUGCUGCGUUUACCGGUAUCCGCACACCGACAGCCAAUGACCAGCGCGGUCCAUGGGCCCUCAAGAAUGGCUCGCUUGUCCUCGACGGCGGCAAGCUGUGGCACUGGUAUUACUGCAACGACUACCUCUGGGGAAGCCCUACGCUGAACCAGCAGAGCGACUGUGUCGAGUUUGAUAUUUCCAUCCCAACUUAUUCCCUUCCCUCGCACUAGUAUAAAACUGCAAGUGUGUUACAUAUUUAAAAAUAUUUUUUUUACAUAUAUAUUCUGUGUUGUUGGGGUUUGCCCGCGCUAAGUUUCCUCUUUGGGCCAUGUUGGGCUUACGCGAGAAUGGACCACCGCUUACAUACGCCUGACGGCACAGCCAGCCGGGUCCUUAUUAGUGUCUCCCAGGCAGUUAAAAAUAAAAUAAAAAUUAAUUCAAGGCG